AUGGCCGAGUCCAACCUCAAAGAGACCUUCUACCGCCAAUUCCACCAGGAUGUCGCAACGCUCCAAAGGCAAAUCGAAAGCUUAUCCUCCCUGUCGACAUCUGGUGGCGAGCGCAAUCAAGCGAUAGACGACUGCCUCGCAGGCAUAGAUCGAUUAUCCCACGAUGUCCAAGACGCUUCAAGUCUUCUACCCGCGUAUGAUCAGCGGACAUAUAGCGAGACCAUCAAGAAGUUGAGUGAGAAGUUGUCAAGUGUGAGGAACAGCUUCGAUCCACCCAAGAAGUUCAGUUUCAAGAGCAAGAAGAAGGAUAUCAUGAAACCAGAAGCUAAACCGGAAGUAUUGGGUACAUCGAGUGCCAAGUCGUCUCCUCUACUUGAACAACAACCAUCGCAACCAUUGCAACAUCAAGAAACGGCGCAACAGGAUUCGUUCACGUCGACCCUCUCCCACAAGUCGCAUGCCCGUAUAACUCUCGCUCAAGCCCCUUACGUCACAAGCUCACCAACGGUUUCCCAUCUUGCCCACUGUGUCGUCGAUCUUAGCGCUCCAACAAAAGCCGACGCACCCUUCGCCGCUCUUUACCUCCGCUCCAUAACCUCCUCGCUCAUCAUUACCGGCCAAGUCGCAGGAGCAAUCCACAUCACAGACGUCUCCAACAGUGUCAUAGUAACAGCGUGUCGACAGUUCCGUAUGCAUGGCAGCAAAGACGUGGAUGUGUAUCUGCAUAGUACUAGUCGACCAAUCUUUGAGGAUUGUGAGGGCUUGAGGUUCGCGCCAUUACCUGAUUCCUACAAGACACCAGAGAUCGAGCAGUCAGCCAACCAGUGGAAUCAGAUCGAUGACUUCAAGUGGUUGAAGGCCGAGCCAAGUCCACAUUUCAACAUACUCCCUGCAGCUGAACGUGUUUCUGAGGAGAUUUGGAGCAGAAAGAUACCUGGUAACGAUGAGAGCCUAGAUGGUACCCUGCAAGCUGUUGGUAUACGGUGUCGAUAA